AUGGAGGUGAUUAAACUUCAAUGCGAUACGAUCCUUAAGGAUAGAUACUACCACUACAAUAUUUGUAUCCUCACUUGUCUUUCUAUCGUGGCUGCCCCCGAUGUGACAACCAUCCUAUUUGCAGCAGACCCCUGCGAUAUCGAGUUAGCUGCGGCAGCAACUGCCGAAACAGCUGAAGACGAUGACGCUGACGUUGUUGCCGAUGAGGACGAUGUGAUAACGUUGCUCGAUGAUGAAGCGGCUGACACGGUAGAAGCUGUUAUGAGUGUAGUUAAAGACCUAGGCGUCUACCUCGAUUUUAAGCUAACAUUUACAGAUCACUACCAGUAUAUUAUUGACAAAGCUAAUAGCAUUGUGAGACUGAUAUUACGAACAUCUCGACAUCUUAGUGACUUGAAUUGUAUGGACAAGCUUUUUUCCUCAUUAGUAAGAUCGUUAUUCGAAUACGGGUCAACCAUCUGGAACCCAUAUUACGAGAUGUACAAAAAACGCAUUGAUGCCAAGCCUUACAAAACAAGUUUUUAUGGAAUCUACAAUAUAGAAUGA